AUGAGUGGAGCGCCGCGUAUGGGCAUCCAGCCGAUGCCAUUCGGCACUUUUCUCUUCGGCUCGUGGGCCAUGAUCGCGAAGGAGGCACACGCAAGCGCGAGCGUCAAGGACUCGAUUGUGGCUACGUCUAUGGCCAAGGAUGCGCAGCGGGAGGGAACCUACGGGAAGGAGACGAGUGGGACCGUGUCAGCCAGGAGCGAGUUCGACGAGUCGAUCCACAAGGUCGCCACCUUCACCAUCGAAUUUUCGAUUGCUGAGGAUCUCGACGAUGUGACGUACGAGGAGAGCAUUCUCUGUCUCGUCCGCCUCAUGUACGUGGCGCACGAGAUGCGCCGGGUGGACAUCUCGCUUUGCAACCUCACAGGCGACUGGCUUCGCUGUGUUGAGGAAUCCUUUGCUGGCGCGGCCAAGACGUGGCUUCUGCAAAGCUACCACCAGUUCGACAAGCCCCAUGCGUUCGUCGAGGGGUCCUUGAAGGUCCACCCGUUAACCACGGAGCAGCCGCUUGCGAGCGAGGACCGCGCUUACUUCCUCGCGGCCUCGCGGUGUCCCGGUCAGGAACCCGUGCCGUUCAUCCAGUUGUUGAACUCGACGUUCGAAAUCUGGUUCAAGAAGAAGGCCGAGGAGAUCAAGAUCGAGGGUGUCUCCUACCAGGAAUCCCAGCGUGUCUGCAUUCUGCAGUGCCUCGUCACUGCCAAGUACCCCCUCAAGGCGGACAUUCCGAUCAAGGAGACGCUUUAUAGUGUCACCGACGUCCUCGUGGAGAAGUUUCUCGAGACGACCUACGAUGGCGAGGAGACCAAGGUCCUGGUCGUCACUGACGUCAAGGUGGAGAAGAAGGGCGAUGAGGAUGUGCACGUUGUCGGCGCAUCAGCCUCUGAGAGCGGUGCCUGGCUUAAGAAGCUCGCUGGCACAGGCUGGCACCGAGCUCAACUGAUGGCGCGCUUUCAUCACGACCCCGGCCUUCGUUCAGGAUGUCGCAUACGUCGACUAUCCCGACUGCCACCUCUUCGCUCCUCGCGCAGUGCUGCACGCUCCUUCGGCGCACACCCAGCCGACUUCAAGGCGGUUGACACCGGUGCGCACGAGAUCGGCAUCACAUUCUUCGAGGAGCGCCAUGAUUCUUCGAUACCGCUUUCCCUCGGCCUUGCAUACAAGCCCGAGCAGUCUUUCGCGUCCGCCUUCGAGGCCUCGACAGGCCGCAACGACAGGAUCAAGGACUUCUAUUGGCGACUGUGGUUGGGCGGCAACAAGAAGCUGCCUGCGCUCAACGUCCGCAAUCCCUUGACCGGUCCCGAGGUUCAUCGUCUCGGCUGA